UUCUGAACGAAACAUGGUUGCUAUGACAGCAUUGACAACCGUUUGAAUUGAACGUCAAUUUUAAUACAACAAAUUUCGUCGCAUAUAUUUAUCGUUGGAAAAUCGUUAAAAAUAUCUGAGAAAUCAAAAACAAUGCCCCCGCCAACAUCUAAAACUGUAAAAAUUAAGCGACCAUCAACAGUUAGUGCUGUAACUUCGUCAUCGCGCGGGAAAAAUGCGACAACGGCGAAAGAUAAAAACAUUGGUGCUCGUCCUAAAAAUAAUAAAAACACUACGGUAUUAGGCGAAGGGGACAUGACGAUGAUACGCCAAGAAGCUUCUGUACUUGAUUUCGAUGCUGAACACCGUCAAAUUGCUUACGGAAAGUUUUUACGCGCUAUGUUAGAAGAUUGCUUAGUAGACGAGAAAAUUGAAUUGGAAGAAACACAGAUGGAUAUACAAAUGGCACAAUUGGCGGAUAGGUUCCAGAAAACCGUGGAUUUAUUAGAUAAAACUAACAGGAGGCUGAAGGAUAUAUCCUUUAUAGUGGAACAGAAAAGGUUGCUAGAUUUAAAGAGUCAGGAUGCAUCACAGUUCUACUCUAUGACUGAUUCUUCGAAUGCUGAGGAAUUGCUCCAAAAUUUAUCUGCCACAGAACAAGCAUGUCUUGACAAACUGGAAACAAAAAAUAUUGAUUUUGGAUAUGAUAAAGAUACUGGGCAUAAACAGUUACUUGAUGCUGUGAAUGAAGCCAUUGAGGGAUUGGAACAGAUUAAAAAACAUUCAAAUUUGGACAUAGACAAGUUUAAAGAGUAUGAAAAAUCACAGACAAACAUAGAGGAAUUAGAAAAAGAUAGAUUCGAUUUGGAAAGUUUGAAAUCGGAAUUUGAGGCAAAGUUCCCAAAGUUCAAUGAGAGAUUACUAAAGGAAGUGUCUGAUAAAAUAUCCAAAGUGAUGGAUGAUUAAUUUAUAUUUUGUUACUUGAUCUCAAUUAAAAUUAAAUAAUAAUUGUUAUUAAAUAAA